AUGGCUUUAUUCCUCUCCAUCAAAGUUCAUUUCCAAGGUGUGUUCAUCAACAAACCUUUUUGCUAUUCUGAUGGUGUUCAUCAUGUGUUCGAGAACAUCGAUUUUGCUGGUAUGUCAUAUUAUGAGUUUGUGGAUUUUCUUGAACGAUUCAUACAAGAGAAGUGUGAGAAACUUUAUUAUUGUCAACCCGAUUUACAAAUCCCAGAAGGUUUAACCUUGAUUUCGAAUGAACUUCAAUAUCAAGAAUUUAUAGACAUUUCUUAUCAAUGUGGAGUACAAGUUCAUGUUUACAUGGACCAUUUUGGUACUACUGUGCACGUAGCUAAGGCAAAUGAAAAUGAAAAUGUGGAUAAUUGUUCUGUGAAGUCAAACAUGUCAAUCAAAGGGGAAGAAUGUAUUGACCUAACUAACUUCAUGAGUCCACAACAAAGCAACAUGGAAGGAGUUAGUCAGGCAAAUGGAAAUAAAGAGGUCACAGAAGGUGAUCAAAAAGAUGAUGAAGAUGAUAAUGUCCCAGAUGUGAAAGGAAAACCGAUGUUUAAUGAAGACAUACCUUAG